AUGACGACAAAGCUCGUUGAUCUAAUCAAAUCAAACGCAAAGGCUCUCCCAGCCCUUUCAAACGAAUCUUUCGGGUCUCACUUUGAUCAUCUCGGGAGAUACAAAGUUGUUUUACUUGGCGAUGGAAGCCACGGGACAUCGGAGUUUUACCGAGCCCGCGCGGAGAUAACCAAACAUCUCAUCCAGCAUCACGGAUUUGAUACCGUAGCCGUCGAGGCAGACUGGCCCGAUUCUGAAGCGGUAGACAGAUACGUGAGGCAACGACCAGGCGCUAAAGCAAAAAUUGAACGCCCAGAGGAGCCCGCCUUUCAAAGGUUUCCAACAUGGAUGUGGCAAAAUUCGGAGGUGCAAGAAAUGGUGCAUUGGAUGAGAGACCAUAACCGCAAUCUCCCACCACCCAAGAGAGUUGGUUUCUAUGGGCUGGAUCUGUACAGUAUGGGACGAUCCAUAGAAUCCAUCAUCAAAUACCUAGACACAGUCGACCCGAAAAUGGCAAACCUCGCUCGCCAACGGUAUGGGUGCUUGCAGCCAUGGGUUGAGGAUCCUACGGAAUACGGAUUAGCCAAUUAUCUCGAUAGCGGAAUGAGUACUUGUGAAGCACAAGUACUUGAGAUGCUCCGUGACCUCCUCCAGAAGCGCCUGGAGUACACAUCAGCACACCGCGAUGGAGACGAGUUUCACAGUGCGGAACAGAAUGCGCACCUAGUGGCAGAUGCGGAGGCUUACUACCGAGCGAUGUAUUCUAGCGCAGUCGAUUCUUGGUCUCUUAGAGACUCCCACAUGUUCGAGACUCUACAACGCCUUCUCGCCUCCAAGAGAUCAGAAUCUAAGGUUGUUGUCUGGGCGCACAAUAGCCACAUAGGUGAUGCCAGAUACACUAGCAUGGGCCGACGUAGGGGAGAGCUCAACAUCGGCCAGCUAUGUCGGGAGCACUUUGGCAGAGAUAAUGUUGCAUUAAUCGGAUGCGGCACACACACCGGGACAGUGGCAGCUGCGCACGAAUGGGGCAAUGAUGUGGAAAUUAUGGAUGUAGUCCCAUCAAGAAGUGAUUCCUGGGAACACUUAGCACACCAAUCGGGGAGGGAUACAUUCUACCUUGAACUCAGGAAGAAGCUCGCCAGCCCUGAAUUGCUACAAGCCAUAGCCAAAGUAUCUCCAAAAUUAGAGCGGUUUAUUGGGGUAAUCUAUCGCCCCCAAACGGAACGCAUGUCGCACUACUCGUCUGCUGACCUCGCGGAUCAGUUUGAUGGCUAUCUCUGGUUUGAGCGAACAGAGGCCGUCAAACCUUUGGUGAUGCAUCAGCCACACGACCACAUUGGAGCUGAUGAGACUUACCCGUUCGGAUUGUGA